CACUACCUCUGCUCUCCUUAACAUAAACCAACAAAAAGAAACGCUACAUAGAUGAAGCAAAUCAUGUCUUAUCUUUCCACUUCUUCUAUGGUCCUAUUCUUCAUUUUCUUCUUAUUUCACCAUCUUCCUUGUGCUUCAAGUAAACAAGAACUUGGAAGGUGUGAGCCCCUGUUUCAGUGUGGGAGCAUCACCGUCGGUUUCCCCUUCUGGGGCGGGAAUCGUGACAAACUUUGCGGUGAUCCAUCGCUGGAGCUUCACUGCAACAAAGACAUCACCUCUUUACCCUUCUAAGAUCAAGAGUUCUGUGUUCUACAAAUAAAUCAAUCAUCUAACACUCUUAGACUAGCGAGAACAGACCAUAUGGGUUCUUUUUGCUCCUCUAACUUCACCAACACAACCUUGCCUCCAAACUUAUUCAAGCUUUCCUCAACCUACAAGAGUGUCACAGUACUCUAUAAUUGCAACCCUUUUGGUCUCCACCUUUCGGGAUAUAAAUGUCCAGAGAUAGGUUCUAUCUUUGUGUCUGACAAACCUGGAACUUACAAUUUCUGCCCUGGCGGUUUCACCGCGAACGUUCCUAGGAGUUUCGUUACAAAAAGGAAAGACCUGGCCGAUUUGGAAAGUAUUCUAAAGAAAGGAUUUGAGGUGAAGGUGAAGAUGGAUAAGAGCGAGUAUGAGCAUGGAAAAAACGGUCCACUCCAUCCACCAACUGUAGAUGAACUUCACCAACGCUGCAGUGGCCCCUUUAGCUGUGGCAACAAGGAAGAACUCUUAUUUUACCCGUUCUGGAGAUCUGGCAGAGAAAACUGCGGCCACCCAGACUUCAAACUCGACUGCAGUGGAGAAUUCCCAGAGCUGGACAUGUCCUCUGUUAAGUACAGAAUCUUAAGUAUGAGCUAUGAGGACUCUCCUGUCAUUAGACUUGCCAGAUCGGAUUAUAUAGGCAAUCUUUGUCCACCAGAUCCACGAAAUGCAUCACUCAGCGAAAGUAUUCUUCAACUCGUACGUGACACCGAUCUGCUAACUUUAUAUUAUGACUGCAACUACCUUUUACCGCCUGGUUCUGUCGGCAGUUACAUUAGGGUUCUUGGUUGUGGGUAUGAAAGGGGCGGUAGAACAAGUUACUACGUGACGAGAAACCUAUCGUCCUAUUUACUGAAGGGGAUUAGUGACCUUUUGUAUAACUUCACGACACUUUGCAGCAGAAAUGUCAGUAUUCCAGUUUCUAGACAGGCGUUGGACGAAUUAGAGGAGAGUAUAAGUCAAGAUAACUUAGAGAAGGCUCUUGAUCGCGGUUUCGAGCUUGGAGUUAACAAUGAUUGUUCACAGUGCAUUGAAUCUAGAGGUGCUUGUGGGUAUAGCCAGAACUCAAGAAGUUUCAUCUGCUAUUGUGUAGAUAAGCCGCAUAGCCGUACCUGCAGAGAUACAGGCCUCUCUACUGCCGCAAAAGCAGGAACCGGAUCUGCUUGCGGGUUGGUGGGGGUUAUUCUUACAGCCGUAGUUCUGUUCUGUCUCUUCAUACGGAGAAGGAAGACAUCAGAUGUUCCUAGACAACUUAAUCUAAAGGACCUUAUUCCACUAGAACACUAUAGCUACGCGCAAGUAAAGAGAAUUACAAAGUCGUUUUCUGAAGUGGUUGGGAAAGGAGGAUUUGGAAUUGUUUAUAGAGGAACCAUUUGUGAUGGCCGCAAGGUUGCUGUGAAGGUCUUGAAUGAUACAACGGGUAAUGGUGAAGACUUUGUUAACGAAGUUGUAAGCAUGAGCAAGACAUCUCAUGUCAACAUUGUUACCUUGCUAGGAUUCUGUGCUGAGGGUACCAAGAGAGCGAUUCUUUAUGAAUUCUUGGAAAAUGGAUCUCUUGAUAAGUUCAUCUCAAGCAAGAGAUCAUCAAAUAUGGAUUGGAUGGAACUAUAUGGAAUCGCAUUAGGCGUUGCUCGUGGUCUAGAGUACUUGCACCAUGGAUGCAGAACAAGGAUUGUACAUUUCGACAUAAAACCACAGAAUGUACUCUUAGAUGGAAAUCUUUGUCCCAAAGUUUCAGACUUUGGCCUUGCUAAGCUCUGCGAGAGGAAAGAAAGCAUCUUGUCAUUACUAGACACAAGAGGUACAAUAGGAUAUAUUGCACCUGAAGUGUUUUCAAGAGUGUACGGUAGAGUCUCACACAAGUCAGAUGUGUAUAGCUAUGGAAUGUUGGUCCUUGAGAUGAUAGGAGCAAGGACUAAAACAUCAAGUGAAGACACUGCAUCUAGCACAAGCUCAGUGUACUUUCCAGAAUGGAUCUAUAAGGAUCUUGAGAAGGGAAACAGUGGAACGCCUACCGGGAAUGGAAUCAGCAAUGAAGAAGAGGAGAUAGCAAAGAAGAUGGCAUUGGUGGGUCUGUGGUGUGUUCAAUAUUCGCCUUCAGAUCGCCCAUCGAUGAACAGAGUGGUAGAGAUGAUGGAAGGAAGUAUAGAUGCUCUUGAAGUCCCUCCUAGGCCUGUUCUACAAAUUCCCACAGCUCCUCUUCCAGAAUCUUCUACGGUUUCAGAGGAUAUUUCGGUUUACACUGAAGUAUGUUCAAUGAAUAUUGCAUAAACCGGAAAAGAUCCUGACAUUUGUAUCAGAGGUCUCCGGUUUGAGUAACUACUAGAUGAAACUAACAUUCUAUAAUCUGGUUUGAGGUUUGGGGAAUACGGGAUUCAACCCCAGCUUUCUAGAAUUCAAAAAAAAAAAAAAAUUGAAUAAAGAAAGAAAUAUCCCUAGAACCUAUUAAAUCACAUGAGCAGUAAAUACAUUUA